UCGAACCACGUCGGUGGCCUAACCCGGACCAGGCCGCCCGCCCAAAUAAUCGAAUAUGAAUUACAAAUUAUUCAAAGUUCCUAGCAUUUUCGUUUGCACAUAAAUUUUCCCUCUCUUUCUCUUUAUUGAUCCCUGCAUCCUUCGCUCCUCUCUCUCCAUCUCUCUCUAAACUUGUUCGCCCAUGCCCAGCCCUAGACACGAGUGCAGGUGAGAGAAACUUUCGAGACGAGAGACGAGAGACGAGAGACGAGAGAGGGACUUGAAGGCACAAUUGGCCCGACGGAGAGAGAAGAUUGGAAUAGAGAGGCAGCGGUUUUGGAGUCGUCUCGAGGGAGAAAGAUCGACACAGCUUCGUCGAAUAGAGGCUUCGUCGAGGGGGAUGCUUUGUUGAGGGAGAUGCUUCGUCGAGAUGCUGCCAUCAUCGAGGAGGCCCAAGAGGGACUGGAUCUUGCGCGAACGAAGGGCAUUCGUGCUCUAAUCUGCCUUUUCUUUAGUUCUUGAAAUAAUUUUUAAAUUUCAGAAAACAGGUUGAUGGGGGGAUCAAUAUGCGUAUGCCUUAAACUCUAAGGCGUGAAAGGCGCAAUUUUUUGGCUGAAGCGUACGCCCAGCUGCAGAAGGUGUACGCACUAAAACACUGGUUCUGAUUUUCAAAUCUGUGGCUGAAAUUAUUGUAUAAGUUGGUUCGAUAAAGUGAGUAAAGUUAUCUCCAGCUGAAAAGAAUUAGGGCCUUGGAGGUCAAAUAAAGAAGUCCAAGAAAAUGCUGUCAGAAAGUCCAAGAUAUAUUAAUACCCGUAUGGAUGACAUAUUUCCUGUCAGAAAGUCCAGCUGCAGGUUAAGGAUGCUUUCUAGAAAACAAAAUGCUAAGCAGGAAAAUAUAUCAAAUGUGAAAAAUGACUGCCUGAAGAGUGACUCUGUUCCUUCUAAUGACUCUGUUCCUUCAAAUUUGCCGGCUAAGACUCAGAGCUUGCUUUCAUGUUCGGAAAUUUCAAUGGCUUCAUCUACAGUUUCCAAAGAUGGUAAGGGUCAAGCAUGUCAGACUUUGGAAAACAGUCAAAAUGCAUUUUGCCGUGCUGCUGAGGUAUCAUUGGGUAGUGAAAAUUAUCUGGAUAAAACUUUAAAGGAACAGCCUAAAGAUGGUAUGGCGCAGACUUGUCAAACUACUGAAAAAUGUAGCCAAAAUACAUUCCGCAGUGUUGCUGAGCUUUCAUUGGGUCAUGAGAAAUCAUUUUGCUUGGCAACUAUUGAUAUGGAUAUAGCCUUAAAAGGACUGCUUGCCCGUGGGCCCCCCGUCUCUUCUGGUUUUUCUGCUAAUUCUUCUGAAAGAUUUGGUGAUCCUACAACUACUAAAUCUGGCAGUUUCUGCUCUGAAAUUCAUAUUCCUGGCAGAAAAAUUCCUCUAGAUUUUACAUUGAAAACUACUAUGUGGGUUAUGUCCUCCUCUUCAGUGAAUUGGUUUCAUAGGUUAGUCACAUGUGGUUCUCACAAUGGCACGGCAAAGUUGUCUUCCCGAUUAGGCUAUUCCAGUGAUCAAAAUAUUAGCCAUUCUUCCGGGCUAACUUGUGCCACUCAAGUCCUUAAAGCUAACUAUUUACAUUCAUGGGUGUAUCCACAAUCCAAUCUACCACCUUCUAUUAUCUCAGCACUGACUUUAUCCGCAUCAGAGGGAGUGGAGUCAGAUUUUCUAAGAGAACGGCAUUUUGCAUGGGAGGAUUCAUUGCGUAGUCUUUACUACAUGCUUCGAAAGAAUGUUUGUAACAUUUUUUAUGUCUGUACUUCACAAUUUGUAGUGAUGUUCACUGCUGCUAAUGGUUUGGGGAAUAGACGCUUGUGCAAUGCUCAUGUGUCCCGGUCAACAAGAGGUUUAAGGUCACUCCUGAGAGAGCACGAUGUUAGUUACUCUAUGCCUCUCUGCCAUUCUAAAGUAGAGCAAGUUUCCACAGAAGACUUGGUUGAGCUAUUGGAGAUUGAAAAACAUAAUCUGGGCCAGACUCGGCGCUUAGGAUCCAUGUAUGAUGUGGAUAACAGCCCACAGUCUUUGCUGGCAUUCAAUGGAAAUGAGAAUGUACAUGGGUUAUAUGAUUUUCUAUUGAAUUAUAGAUCUUUCUUAACUUCUUUGGCUGGUGUGGAUGUUCCUGCAUUGUAUUCACCCGUCCCAUUUCAAAAUGCUGCACUUUGUGCUCCGGAGGUGCGGUGCAAGGAGACAAGGAAGGCUGAUCAUCUUGCUUUGCCUCUCAAAGGAUGUGACAUGAAGGAUGGUGAUUUCAAUCAAUGUUCAUCUGCUGGUCUUUGUUAUUGCAUUGAAAUAAGAAGUGAAUAUCUCCCGCCAUGGAUUAUUUCUGAUGUAUGUGCAGCCUUAGGUUCUGAUUGUAGGAGCUUUGAGGCAAGUUUUAUGACGGAACCUACUUCAACUGGCUUGAAUGUUGCUCUUGAAACUGUUGACGAGAAACCUGAUUCACAAACCAUGGAAAGCAAAGGCCUCCAAGAAUUCAGCCAUGAUUUUGGUAUUCAGGAUGUGAUUUUUUCACCUUCUUUGCGGUCUGCCUCAUUAAAGGGCUUGAAGUACUCUGAUAGUUCUUAUACGGUUUCUCUUGCACCUAUCUAAGAAUAACAUCGGCCGACUUCCGGUCGAGAUGGUUAACUGAGAUCUUGUUUGCUUACAUGGUGAUUAGAUUUCUUUGUUCUGUAGCAAUCUAUUUUCUCUGUAUUUUGAUCUUGUAUAAUCUUAUUCUUGCAAUGUUGUAUGACAAACAUUUUCAUGAAAUUCGUUUAAUUUUGACCCUUCAUCGUGUUAGAAUUAUGCAAGUUUAAAAGUACAAUAAAACCCAUGCAAUGAAAAAUCUGGAUGUUGGACUCAAAUUUUCAAUUGAUUACAGGGUUGGUGAUUCUAGCU